UUCCUUAUCGUUCAUUCGCAACUUAAAUAUUCAAUUGAAUGCAUCAAUUGCAUUUGUACCUUCCCUAUGUACAACGCGCUACACACUGAUUUCAUUUCACAAACUCAAAACUCAAAACUCAAACAACCACCACCAGAACCCCCUUUCUUCAAUUCUGAAUUGAUUCGUUGCUGAAUCGAAGGUCUAACCUUUCUGGGGGAAUUAACUCAAUAUGGUCUGAAAAAGGUUUCAUAUCACUUGCGAAGUUUGUUAUUUUAAGAUGGGUUUAUAUGAGCAUUCGGAUGUUCUUCAAUGGGGUCUUAAUCUCCUUGAUGGUGACCCUAAUUUUGGACAAGGAUACUAUGGUGACAUGAGUCAGCAGCACAAUAAUGCUUGUGACAUCUAUGACGGACACUACUUCCAUAGCCAUUAUGAUAAUAACAUCAAUAAUAACAAUAACAUCGAUGACAAUGAUGAUGAUGAUGAAUGUAACGAUGUAGAGAAUGAUGAGAUCAUUGCACGUACACUUCAAGAAGAGUUUUCACAGCUAGAGAUUGCUGAAUGUUCAAGGUAUAUACAGGGAGGUGAAGAACAAUACCAUGCUUCUGAGACUCAGCCUGCAUAUGAUUGGCAUAACCCUUCAGUGUUGAACUAUUGUUCGGGAGAUUAUGCCCAAGAAGAAGUUGAUGAUGCAGAACCUUCGAGUUCGUGUUCUAGUCCAUGUGAAACAGGGGAAUACUCCUUAGAGCUGACUGAUAAUUAUCCACUUGAUGAUGAAGUAGGGAGACGACUGAGUGAGAUGACACUAAUUCCUCAUGUUCCGAAAAUUAAUGGAGAAAUCCCUUCAGUUGAUGAAGCAACAUCAGAUCAUCAAAGGCUUCUAGAUAGGUUGCAGUUAUAUGACUUUGUGGAGCACAAGGUACAAGGUGAUGGUAAUUGUCAGUUCCGUGCACUAUCUGAUCAGUUGUUUCAUGCACCUGAUCGUCACAAGUUUGUUAGACGUCAAGUUGUGAAUCAGCUCAAAUCUAAUCCAGAAAUAUAUGAUGGGUAUGUCCCCAUGGAGUACGGUGACUAUUUGGAGAAAAUGUCUAGGAGCGGUGAAUGGGGUGAUCAUGUCACACUUCAAGCAGCUGCAGACUCAUUUGGUGUGAGAAUAUUUGUGAUGACUUCUUUCAAGGACACCUGCUGUAUAGAGAUUCUUCCUCAUUUUGAGAAGCCAAAAGGAGUGAUUUUCCUUAGCUUUUGGGCAGAGGUACAUUACAACUCCAUCUACCCUCAAGGAGAUAUACCUUCAGAUGAAUCAAGAAAGAAGAAACGGUGGUGGAACUUCGGGAGUAAGCACUAGAGUCUUGGUUUGUUUAGGGAGCACAUCCAUUUGGAACAUAGCUUUACUGGUCAUUUUUUUAAAAAAUAAUUUAUUUGAUUUCUCGUAUUGUUUUCAAUUGUAAUCUGGGUAUGCCGACCGAAUUUUGCAUUCCAGUGGCAUUUUGAAUGCUUUGAGGAAGAAGCCAAAUUAAUUAAAUACAUAAAUAGUUAAAUAUUAAAUUAAGAUGGCUAAUGGCAAGUUUGUCUCGAUAUGAAAUUAGAUAGAAAACAAUGGAACCCAUUAAAAAGUUCUAAAACUUAUUAUUGUGUAGAACAGUUGAUAUAGUAAGAAAUUGUACCCUUCUUUCUUCCC